AUGACUCUCAAGCGCAAAAGGUCCGAGACGGAGCUCUCUUUCAGCUCAGCCCUCUCAUCGCCGCCUCGGCCUGGCAGUAGCAAGUUCAAUUUUGGCGAAAUGGCGACUUCUCCACGACCUUCGGCACCCUCCCAUCUGCCCAGCCGCACCAUGAAGCGCUUUCGCGACAACCGUCCGUCGGAUGCGGAAGUGCACCAGCAUACCCUACAACUUUUGUACUCGGCCCAGCAGCAACAAAAUUCAGUUCAGACGCAGCUACGGCCACAACCCGAAACCCCGAGCUCUACCGUUCGGCCGGAACGACACUCCCCAAGCGAUCAUCAGCAGCGGUCGCUGCACAGCUUCUGGAACAUGUCUGUUUCCGCUUCAAACGCCGGCACCCCUUUGCUGGCUUCUUGUUCACCUCUGGCACCUCGGAACAUUCCGGAGGGGUGCGAGGACUGCGGAGCUGCGCUAGGCAACAGUCACGCGAACGGCGAUGGCAUUACCAUGGAAGUCGACGGAUGUGAGGAGCACAGCUGCGGCGCCUGUGGGAAAAUUAUUUGCUUCAGCUGCUCCAUUAGUAACUUGGGGGAGAAUCGACGCUGUCUAGCUUGUGCUCAGCGGCGAGUAUGGCUUGGAGGCACUAGAUGGGCAACAAGAGUUCAUGUUUGCUAG